AGCGCUGCCACAGAAGUGAAAGAGGAAGGAAGAGCAACGAUUUCCUCGCCAGAAUGAGUGACCGCGCACAGCAGGAAGAUUCGAGGCGUCUGUGAAAUAUCUUUAAUUUGCUGUGAGGCGCGCUGCGUCUCAAGUUUGCUUCGUUAGACUGAACUAUAAAUAAUAAUAAAGGUUAUAAAAUGGCGAGGCUGAGCGAGCACGGGAUCCGUCUCAGUUCUAUGAGCCCCUCUUACCUGGACAGCAACUCCACCAGUCACACGUGGCCGUUCAGUGCUGUCGCAGAGCUCGUAGAUAAUGCGUCUGACCCAGGAGUCACGGCUAAGCAGAUCUGGAUCGAUGUGGUGACUGUAAAGGGGCAUCAGUGUCUCAGCUUCGUUGAUAAUGGCAGCGGGAUGACACCCAACAAAUUGCAUAAAAUGCUCAGUUUUGGUUUCACAGAGAAAGGCUCAGGUAAGGGCACUCACCAGGCCAUAGGGGUCUAUGGCAAUGGCUUCAAGUCAGGUUCAAUGCGUUUGGGUCGCGACGCCCUGAUCUUCACAAAGAAUGGAGGAUGUCAGAGUGUGGGCAUGCUCUCUCAGACCUUCCUACAGGCCAUCAAAGCUCAGGCUGUCAUAGUACCCAUCACUCCCUUCAACCAACAGACUAAGUCUUUGGUAAUAACUGAGGAUUCUGAGGCAAGUCUGAGAGCCAUACUCACUCAUUCCAUCUUCAAGUCCGUGUUUGAGCUACAGGAACAGUUGGACUCAAUCCCAGGCAAGAAGGGCACCAAGAUCCUCAUCUGGAACAUACGCAGGAACAAGGAUGGAAAGCCUGAGUUUGACUUUGAUACAGAUAGGGAGGACAUUCGCCUGCCGGAGAUCCGUUCUGAGGAGAUGGAGGGGAAAGGCAAGAAGAGUUACUUCGGCCCUCGCAGAACUGAUCACAUCGUUCCAGAGAUGGACUAUUCUCUCAGAGCAUAUCUCAGCAUUCUCUAUUUGAAACCCAGGAUCCAGAUCAUCCUCAGACAGAAGAAAGUACAGACUAAACUAGUGGCUAAAAGUCUGUCCAUGAUUGAGAAUGAUGUUUACAAACCACAAUUCAUAAACGAACGCGUAAAGAUUACCUUUGGCUUCAACUGCAAAAACAAAGAUCAUUAUGGCAUUAUGAUGUACCAUAACAACAGGCUCAUCAAGUCCUACGAGAAAGUGGGAUGCCAGAUCAAGUCUUCAGGACAAAGAUCAGGAGUUGGUGUUAUUGGAGUUAUUGAGUGUAACUUUCUCAAACCAGCUCAUAACAAGCAGGACUUUGAGUACACCAAAGAGUACAGGCUCACUAUAGCUGCUCUUGGUCUUAAACUCAACGACUACUGGCGUGAGAAAAAAGAAAAAAAAGCCAAAGAGAGAGCGUUCCGAGCCCUAGAGAAGAAAAGUGAAGAGGGGAACAUGGAGGAAGAUGAAGAGGAGGAGGAGGAGGAGGAAGAAGUGGAUGUGACGUGGAUUCAGUGUGAGGACUGUAUGAAGUGGAGGGGUAUUCCCACUCAUCUGUUCUCAGGGAAGGUUCCUGAGCCCUUUACUUGCAGCCAGCAUCCCAUGGCCCGUCUUAGGAGCUGCUUAGUGCCAGAGGAGCCGGAGGAGGCGGUGGACGAGCUGACACCCAGCUAUGAGAAAACACACAAAAAACAGGAGCAAGGCCCAGCCAAAAGAAGAGGAAAAUCUGUGGAGGCGAGUAAAGGUGUGGCUCAACCACAGAGCCAAGAACCAUCUUCAGAAGCCAGAGUGGAUGAAGCUGUCAUGGACACAAAUCAUAAGGACAAAGAAAAUGAUUCCACCCCAGAGCCUUCAAACAAACACGGCAACAAAAGGAAAGCAACAUGGUCAAACAAUGACAUAGGCAGCAAGUCCCCCAAAUGCGCUGAUCCUUCUGGUGAAGGAGAAAAAAUAACAACUGCAACAACAGAGAAUACUUCAGAAACUGAAAAGGCAGACAACAACAAGGACCAGGCCCCAAGUACAGUGACCCAGGAGGAGAAAAUUCAAAAUUCAACAGAGGCUCCUGCCUUAGACUCAAACCAGAAUCCUCCAGAACAGCAGGCCUCACAUGGCCUUCAGCCUAAAGAGCAGCUCAGGCUUGCCUCCACCUCACUGGGCUGGCCUCACCCACCCACCUCCCAGCCCUCCAUGGCCUGGUCCCACCCCCUCCCCCCAGCUCAGACCGUGGUGGUGCCUCCCCUCAGCCGCUGUAGCCGCCAGUCAGUUUCUCCCUUAACUGUAGAAGGCCUGGAUCGGCCAGCACUCACCCUGAGACUGGCUCAGCUGGAACGAGAGGCCAAGCGGCUUAGGAAGACCCUCGGCCUUCAGGAGCUGGCUGUGGAAACAGCUACAUUAACAGAAGGGGAGGUGUCAGGUUCAGCGUUAGAGGGGGCGACAAUACCAGGUGGGGGGACAACCCCCACUGUUCAGAAUAGAGAGACACUAACGCCCAGUGCCUCUACAAAAUCAGAGGUUGAAGACAAGGCAACAGCAUCUAUGGCAUCCAAGAAAACAGAAGCUCAGUCAGACAUACAAAGCUCAAUACAAAGAAAUGGCAGUCCCCCAGCCCAGCAGAGGGCACCAGUGAGCCCCACAGAUGAUCUACAUUGGAGCAAGACAUUGGCCAAACUGCAGAGCCAAAACCAGGCUCUCUUUACAGAAGUAACUAAACUGAAAAAAGAGAAGGAGCAACUUCUGAGCAAAGUGAAACAAGUGGAGAGAGAGACACGGGAGAGAAGAGACCAAAGCACCAGCACACCCUCUAAUGUUAAUGAUAGUAUUGCACUGGAUCGAUUACGUGCUAUCCGUCGGAAUGUUGUGUCUCUCCUGUCCUCCAUCCUGCCGAAUUUGGACAUGCAGGGUAUCAGCUACGACACAGGGGAUGUGGACAGCAUCCUGCAGCAGAUCAUCCAAGUUAACAACCUCUGACCUUGGUGCAGUGCUUGUAACUGAGCUCUACAAGAAGGAUGCAUUUACACCACAAAGCCACUCAUUUCAGUACACUGCCUGGAACCAUCCUGUUUAUCCUGGUUUUUUUAUCCUGUUGCAUACCGAUCUGGGCAAUGGUAUUACUUUGUUGUAUAUAGAUGAUGCCUGAACACAAGCACUAAACCCAUAAAUAUUAAGCACAUUAUGCUGAUAUUCAUUGUGCUACUGUAAAUGUAUAGGUUAUUCUUCAAGGGUGGCUCUACAAAUAUCAAGCAACAUUUAGAUGUUUUACUUUUUUCCCCAAAAAAGUUUUUUUUGUUGUUUGUUUUCAGCAAUGCCGUUGCAUCUGAGCUUUAUACUGCUGUAAAAGAGAAAAUCUAUUUUUGUUUAGGCAGAGUAGAGAGAGGGCUCAGUAGUCACUCUACUAUUCCACAGUGCUCUUUGUGCUAUGCUUUAUUUUGCCAAAUUCUUUUAUUCUUUUUUUUUUUUUUUUAGCUAAAAACACAAUUGUGUGUCCCACAUAAUUAUUAUAUUAUUCUCAAGGGAUCCUUCAGCAAUAAAGUAAACCUGUUUAAGUACUUUUCAA